UCCAAAUUUUAUAUUCUUUGUAUUUCAGGUGCAACACAAUGUCAUGCAGCAACAGCAGCAGCAAUUGCAAGCGCAUCUUCAGCAUCACGCGAUGCAUCAAGGCUACGGUCAUCCACAUCAGCUGGGAGCGAGUGCAAUGCAUCAACAUCCACAUCACCCCCACCAUCAUUCAGUUAUAAGCCAAGGAAACUAUAUCCCAGUGCCUCAGAUGACUGUGAGUUCUCAAGCGUUUUCCCCUCAAGCCCCCAGUACUUACGUGAGUGUACCCGCAAUGACUACAGUAAUACAACACCGAAUGAGCGCGCAACAAAGUGGUUUAAGUAGUUUAGGUUCGUCGUCUUUAAAUUCACACCAAAAAAUCGGUCCCUCGCCGGCCUGUGCAGUUACAUCCGGUGGAAAUUUCUACAUACAAUCUAACGCCCACGCGCACACCCCUGGACCAGUACCCACGCCAUCGCCGGUAUCCGCGUCCGCCCUCCAAAGCAAUACCGGUCAGAACCCAUCGGGAAAUUCGAGUUGUAGUCUAGCAAAACUGCAGCAAUUGACUAACGGCUUGGAAAUGAUACCUCCCGGCUCGUGCAACACAAUGACUCCACCUCCUACCGCGAUGACCUUGACGCCGCCGCCCACCCACCAUCCCCACGGGAACAUGACACCGCCCCCCUCGCACCAAAUGAUUCAAAAUCAAUCCGUUCGCAAUCUAACGACGCCACCUUCCGCAAUUCCCGCGAAUCUACAGCAGCAAGUGUUGGGUUACCACAAGUAUUAUCAAACGAAUAUGAACGUAAACCAGAUCGGCGGUGCAGUGACGCCCCCAAUCGGUCAAAACUUAGGACGAUCAGCCAGAAACUCCUCCAACGUCGCCGUACAACACAUGCAGCCAACCUCCAGCAGAAUGAGCCCUAAUGUCGCCUUGAAUCCAAACAUAAUGGCCCAAUACAACUCACUCAACGGAUAUCGAAUGGCCGCACAACAAACACCCAGCGCAGUCGCCGGUUACAUUACCAACACUGCGGCUGGUUUUAUUAACAAUGCUGCGCAAAUACCAAUGCAGAUGGGGGUUAUGAAUAUGGCCCAAUCACAAUAUCAGGAUCCGGCUGCCAUACAAAGGGCGGCUCAACAGAACACCAUGUAUACUACCUACGGAUAUAUCAAUGGUAGUUUAAUGCAACCAUUGAACGGAAGUAUGCGGCGUUAAUGACAACCGUGCUUUGUCUGAAGAGGCUGUGCUUGUUUUAGAAAAUGAUUUUUAAACAAAAUCAGUACAAAGAUAACCAACAGAUGUGUUAGUGUUAAAAUUACGUCACUUUGCCAGAACUCGAAUUAUGUACAGUUUGCGUACUUUGUCAAUCAAUAGAUAGUCUGUUGUUUGAACAAGCUAAGCUGUACUCAAACCGCCCCCUCCACCUUCUUACAUGGCCACAGUUGACGAUAACUUGAUACCCCACAUAAUAAAAUAUGUGAUUAUUGACACCGCUUCAUUUAUGGACUAGUAGCUUAAGAUUUGUUUUUGAAAACGUUUAGGUUUUUCCAAAUUUUGCGGACCAGUAUAAUUUAACCAGUAACUUUGUAUAUACUUAAGAGUAGUCGCUUAAUUUUUAU